GAGAGAGUUUAGUUCGUCUGUUGUUUGAGCAAUUUUAAAACAUAAAUACUUUGAAAUUUUUGGCUUAAUUUCGAUCCAGAUAUUCAUUAAAAACUUCCAGAUUAAUUCAAUUGCUGAAUAAUUUAAGGAACAGUGUAAACGAUUGAUUUGGACCUUUGAACUUUGAUUUAAGAAAGUGUUGAUAAAAUGGGUUUCAUAAAACGAAGCUUUAAGCGAUUAUUCAACUUUCUGGCUUUCUUUUUUAUCGUUGUACUGUUACCAGGCCUUCCACCUAGCACACAUUUUGAAUUUAGUAAAUAUGAAGUUUCAAAAUUGUUACCACUAGAAGGUGUAUUAGCACCGAAUAACCUAUUGGACAAUUCCGAACGUCUUUUCGAAAAUCAGAUACACGGUCCUGAAGAUUUGCUAUUUACGAAUGGUGCUAUUUACACCGGAGUUCACGGCGGAGAGUUGAUCAAAAUUGUUGGAAACAAAUUUGAACAUGUUGCCAAAUUUGGAAAGCCUUGUGAGGGUGUCAUUGAAGAGAGUGUCUGUGGUCGGAUUCUUGGACUGGCCCUAGAUACUGUAGAAAAGAAUUCCUUGAUUGUUGUUGAUACAUACUAUGGAAUCUAUCAUCUGAACUUGGACACACGUAAGUCAAAGCAAUUGGUGUCGGUUGAUGCAGUACUGGAUGGAACGAAGCCACGAAAAGGAAAAAUGUUUAAUAGUGUGGUAGUUGACAAAAAAGGCGACCUAUACUGGACAGACUCGUCAUCUGACUUUACAAUUGAAAAUGGAGUUUUCAUAACACUCGCAAAUCCAUCUGGAAGAUUGUUCCACUAUGAUAGAAAAACCGGAACAAAUCGGGUUUUGUUGGACGAGCUAAACUUUCCUAACGGCGUUGUUUUGAGCCCAAAUGAAGAUUUCGUUGUUGUAGCCGAAACUACAUCUAGUCGUUUGAUGAAAUAUUAUCUGACUGGCCCCAAAAAAGGACAAUCUGAAGUAUUUGUAGAUAGUUUGCCUGGUGGUCCAGAUAAUUUGGUCAGUGACGACGAAGGAAUAUGGGUUCCUCUGGUUGUUUCUGCAGACGUUGAUCAUCCACACAUUGCUCAAGUUCUCUCUAGAGUACCAUACAUCCGUAAAUUCAUUGUUCGAUUGUUACAUUUAAUCGAGUUUCCAUUCGCAUUCAUUGAAAAAUAUUACUCCAAUCCCGUAACGAAGGCCAUUACACAUCAUUUAGGCCAUUUGGAAGCAACUGCGGCUCUGUUUCCAGCACGAACUACCAUUUUAAAGCUAAAUUGGAAAGGAGAUAUUGUAAAGGCAUUCCAUGGAUUUGAUAAAUCCGUAGGAGGGGUAUCUCAUGUUUUGCAAGUAAAUGACUAUCUGUAUUUUGGCUCGCCGUUCAACAAGUAUCUUGCGCGCAAAAAAGUAGAAGGUCUGUCAUCACGAAAAGUUCAUAAAGUGACUCAGGCACCUCCUGUUAGCACUACGACAACCACAACAACUACGACACCCACAACGACUACGUCCACCACUCCACGUCCAACAACAACAACAACAACUACUACGAAAGCUCCGGAGAAGAAAAAGGAACCAUCUAAGCGACCUCCUCCACCGAUUAAAGAAAAAUUUGAUGAUGUUCCACCUCCUACACAACCGAAAUUAAAAGUCAUCAAGAAAGACGGUCAAGGGGAACUUUAAGAAAACAUUUUGAGAUUUUUUUCUGACAUUUUUUUUAUCUGAUGCUAAACUUAAUUACUUAAUUAACUCAGUAAAGUUUUAUAAUCAGUAAAAGUAGAAAUGAUUGUAAACUACAACCAAACCAUUUAUAGAUAAAGCUUGAUUUAGAUGUAUAAAUUAUUGUGAUUAUCUGUAACAAACAACGCACAAAAAUUUAAUGCUAAUGCUUUAUUCCGAAAAAAGAUAUAUUUGUUACUUUAAUUGUUAAAAAUGAAUAAAGAU